AUGGCCGGCCUGGUGAGGUCUUUGCCGCAGCGGCGGGCGAUGCCCCACUCCACCGAUCCCGCCACUCCAGCGGAGGGCGCGGGGAAGUCCUUUGGAGAUCUGCGGAGAUCAGCGGAGCUGUUUCCGAGUGAACACCCGCAGCGCUUUCCCCCGCGGAACCUGCGCGCGCACAAAAAACGAGUUUUCAUCCAGAUCCUGGUCUUUCGAUGCACGCAGACUGUAGAUGCAGCGCAUGGAUGCGAAGUGAGGAAAAAGACAAGCUGUUGCUCUUUCAUGCUCCUUCUAUGUCAACCUUACCCAGUCCCCACGUCAACCUGGUCCUUCGACGUGGAGGGGAGUCAUCCCGACUCUCCGCGCGUUCGGAACGAGACAUCCCAAUGGGUUUUGGUUGGCCCUCCGGGGGGGGGGUUUGAGCUGGAAGGCUGGGUUGGCCUGGAUCCGGUUCCAGUUUAG